AUGCACCUCAAGUCGUUUCUGCGGGAUCGUACCAACUCUAGCCUGCCUGCAGACGGGGAAUCUAUGAAGAGGAGCAGCACGAGCGAGACAAAGGACCAGCAAGGAUCCAAGGGCAGCAUCUCGCCCAACACUCAAGAGCUGUUGAGGAUGCAGAGCUUCCAAAACGAGGAGAUGGCGGUGGAAUUGCCGUCGCCCAGGCGACUGGAGCUGGACAAGGUAUCCCCCUCGAAGGGUCAGAACCUCCCUGCAUCUACAGCAGGCAGCUGCCAGAAUCUUUCCCCCAACACGGCAGAGCUGCAUGGGCUCGAAGACAUCAACUUCGACCAUGACGACUUCUCACCGACAACGCUGAAUUUUGACUCCGUUUGCGCACAGCGGAACCAGAUCGGGCACGACCAGCAGAGCACAUCGCAGAGGAGAGACAGUGCUGCUUGCAAGGGCGUCACCAACAGCAAAGACACGGUAAAGUCGAAGAUACCAACGUUGUUCCCGAAAGAGCAGCUGACGAGCAGCUCUACGACGCCGAACCCGAAAGAGAGCGAGGAGAAGCCGCUAUCAAAGAUUAAGGCUGCUAGCUCGCUCAACAAGAAGAGAUUCGACAGUGCUUCUAAGAAAAUUCAGGGAAAGAUAAGCCCGAAGAGCUUCUCUGGCCCAAAGUCAAUCUCUCCUCCUAUCAAGCCAGCCAAGAGCGAACCGACGGCGCCGAGGCGGGAGAUAGAACCGCUCCCUCAAAUUUCUUCACAAAAAGUUGACAGCCCUCCUAAAAGUGCAUCUUCGCCGUCGCCCAACAAUGCCGACAAAGAAGGAGGAGAAACUGUUGAGACUGCGCGAUCGCUGGAAAGAGAAGAGUUUGAGCCUGCCAACGAGGAGAAGACCUGCCGUUCUCCUGCAAGUGUGAAAUUCGAGCCAGAGGACGCAAACGAACUCCUGCAAGAGGUUUGUGUUGUAGAUCUCGAGCCUACUGCAAAUCCCUUGACCGCUGUCGUGCAAUUGCAGGAGCAGGCAGGGGGUGUUGGGACCGGGAAUGAGGAGGUGGUGGUUACACCAUCUGGAGUCAAGGGCUGCACUACAAACGACUCGCCUUGUGAGCUUCAAUCAUCAGCUGAGAAGACGCCUACGAACUCGGUUGAGGUCCCAUAUGAGAAGAGCGUGCUGCUUGAAUCCUCGAGGAAGACGCAAGAGAUCAAAGAAAGGUUCUUGAAGUACAAGAGGGAGCAGCUCGAAAAGUCUCAGACCAAGACGUCGUCGAGAGUGGCUGGCUGCGAACCACGUAUUGGGCAACCUGAGGAGGAUAUGUUUUCCUCCCCCAAGCAGGUGCAAGGUCAGCCCUCAACUCCACAUAGCUCAGUCGUCAAGAGGAAGCAAGGGAUCGCUCCUUGCGUUCUCGAGGAUUCCUUCGUCGACUGCAACAACCCCAAGCACGAAUUCUCUAAGGAGGACAAGGAGAUCAGGGAGGAGAACGACACUGUGGAGAGAUUCUCCAAGGUAGCGAUCGUGGCCAUAGCCGCAGUUUUUAUCGGAAUCUCCUGCGCUGUUAUCCACUGGUGUUUCCAUAAGGAAAUGAUUCAAAUCCUCGCCUGA